AUGAUUAAAACCAGCUUGAUUCUGGCUUUAAGAUCGGUGGCAAGGUUAUAUAUUACAUUACAUUGCACGAGAAUAAAAUCAUUUUUAAAAUGUAUUCCGGAAUCAAUUGCUACGAGACUUCAUGAAGUUGUACCGGACCCAAUUGACGGUGGAAUUGAAAAUCAUGUUGUAACGGUUCAUGAUCAUUUAGGAAAUGUAUUAUUUAAAACUCUAGGAUAUCAAGUUAAGAAUGUUUAUGAAUUAGGUAUUGACGUGCAAUGGGAUAAGAAAUGUGUUGGAUACCAUGAAAAUGAGGAAGGAGUUUGGGUUAUCUUUGAAGAUAGUACGAGAGAGAGAGGAGAUUUCUUGGUCGGCGCGGACGGAAUUCAUUCUGCAAUUCGAAAACAGAAAAUUCCUAAAUUGAUAUCAAAUCAUUUGGGAAUCAUGCAAUGUUGUACAGAUGUCUCUCCAAAUAAAGAACUUUUCGAUCGAAUAUUAUCAAUCACCGGAAAUAAUUCGUCUAAUGCGAUUAAUGAAUCAUCACGUUAUAGAGUAUCAUUUGGUUAUUCUUACCCUUCUGAACAACAUGAAAAAGAUGAUAAUUGGACUUAUAAGAAUUAUGAACUAUCAACAAGCAAAUUCCCUGAUGAUGAAAAUCCUGAAAUGGUUUUAAAUGAUAUCAAGAAAAGAAUUAAAGAAAAUAGACCUCAAGGAGGUGAUGCUGUACACGCCAUGAAUCCUUGGAUUGGAAUAGGAACUAGUAAUGCCUUGACUAAUUUGGAUGAAGUAAAUUGGAAAGAAAUAUCGAAA